CAGGGAGCUCCUGGUCCACCUGGCAUUCCUGGCCCACCUGGCCCUCCUGGAGACAGGGGACCACCAGGAACUACUUCUUUCUUCACUGGUGGAGGUUUCCCUGGAGCGGGUGGAGGUGCAGGUGCUGGUGGAAGUGCUCCGAUACGUGGCAACACCCCACUCUACAAUCCUAUCAUUGGAGAGGAAGUGAUAACUGGAGGAGAGACUGGUAGAGGAGUGACAGAAAGUAUACAAGAACUGGACAUGGACUUGUACAAGGCUACAGGGUACAAUGUGUCAGAAGGAGCGACCCUUAGCAUCAGCAAUGGGACAAACACCUUCCUCAUACGUGUUGUGGACGGUGCAGCCAUUUUGUUUGAUGCUGAAACUGGAUCUACAAGAAAAUUCAAUGUGUCCUCUGGAACCAAGAUCUUCCCCAAUGGCACAGUGCUGGCAGGAGAAACUGAGAUGAUGUCCAUUGGCAAGUUCCUGAACAUGACGGGGGAGGCCAGGCUCCUGGGCUUGGGCGUGGUUGUUGUAGGUGAGGCAGGGUCUGUAACCAACCAGACGGGAACAGGAGGCUCCUACUCCCAGGUGGCAGGUGAGAACGGAUAUCCUGCAGAGGCCUUCAACCAGAACGGAGGGUCUCGGACAGUCCCGACCGGCACUGGGGAAACCGUGUUUGUGACAGGAACAUCAGGAACCAGUGGGACCUUCACAACUGGGGGAGGCGGAUCCGUUUUUGGGACAGGGACUGGAACAGGCACCACCAGUGGUUUUGGAGAAGAAAAUGGAGUUGUGAAAGAGAUUUUCUCUCCAGCAACAGAUAUAGAUCAUCUCAAAAAGCUCAUCAGUAAGAUACAGGUAGCAGAGUGGACGGACUACUUUGAGGGAGAGAUGGACAGGCUACAGGGGAUUGUGAAGACCAUCAUCGGAGGCCCCUGGGGCACAGCUGAGUAUCCUGCCACCACGUGUAGGGACCUGAUGUUAGCACAGCCAGGACUGAAGGAUGGUUAUUACUUCAUAGACCCGGAUGGAGGCUGCCUAGAGAAUGCGUUCCAGGCCUUCUGUAACUUCACAGCUGGAGGACUGACCUGCUUCCAGCCCACCAACAGCACCUUGGCUUCCCCAAGAAGUCCACACAAGGUUGACAACUUUACCUGGUUCAGUGAGUUGGAAGGUGGUUUUGAGAUCCAGUACGACGGCGACCCUGUGCAGCUAAACUACAUCCAGGCCAUGAGCACGCGCGCGACCCAGACCUUCACGUUCGAGUGCUCGUCGGCGGUAGCCUGGUACAACUGGAACACUGACGGCUACGAUCAGGCGGUACAACUCCGGUCCAACAAUGACAACAUACUAACCUAUGGAACUCCUGGGGUAAAGACUAUAUAUGAUGGAUGCCAGUUUGCCUCCCCCCAGCUGGACCUGACAGUUAUAGAAAUCAACACAACGGCCACAGAAUGUGUUCCUGUCAGAGACUUUGGGGUGUUUGAGCUGAAUGAAAAUGGACAAGAGUUUGGCUUUUCAGUCGGCCAAGUUUGCUUCCAAUAGUAGAGAAAUGAGAGAUAAGUAUUUGAGUGACUCAAUAUAUGCCUUUACUAAGGAGGAGAAAAUGACAAAAAAAUCUAAUUGUACUCCUAUACCAAAAAAA